AUGAGUGACGAAGACGAGAAAGCAAAAAAGAGAAGACGCACUCUAGGUUCUUUUCCUUGUCCUGACUGCGAUAAAGUUUUCACCAGAUCUGACCAUCUUGCGAGACAUCACCUCAACCAUGAUCCCAAAGAAGUGUUCGAGUGUCGGUUCAUUAUUAGCCAUUUUGGAGGCGAAAAACGAAAGUGCGGUAAGCAAUUUGUCCGCAAAGAUCUCCGAGAUCGUCAUAUGAAAAGACAUCUCGAUCCAGAUCCGAAAACUUUGACAGCCUCAAAACAUUCAACUGACUCAAAAAUUUCGUCUGACCAACUUUCGUCGGACCAGAGGCUUCCGCCUGAACAGCAGCGGUCGCUUUCUGAGUCCUCCACAUCGUCACCAAUGUCCAAAAUUCAAAAAGAUGCACCCUCAAAUGUACCUUUGUCUGCAAUUGGGAACCGUGAAAAAAACUACGAAAACCCACAUAAUAUCCAAACUCCAGUCUUUCCACCCAAUGUUCCGCCUUCUGUUUCGCCGCUUGUAACUACUCCGAAUGGCAUGAACUCGGCGCUCACUAGUUUGCACGGAUAUCAUCGACCUUCGGCCCCCAAUGAGCCGCUUCCUCAACCCCAGAAUUUUGCUUGGCCCGAGCCGUACCACCAACUGAUUCCACCUCAGCUGCAGCCACAACUUCCCUCUCCUGGUCAAUUUCCCUUGAACUCGCACAUUCCAUACUCUCAAACCGAUAUUCUCUCUUGGUUAUUUACAGACUCACCUCCUAAUGCAAUUCCCGCUAAUGAAAUGUCUCCCGGACACCAGCUCAGAAACGAGAUCUUCACGUCUCCAAUUGUCGCUUCACCGCUUGGUGGAUCACAAGUAUCCCCAUUUGCUAAUAACUUAAUACACCAAAAUCAAAAUGUGAAUCACGAGCAGGCUACGGCGGACCAACUAAUGAAUGUCAACGAUCCAUAUCGCAAUUAUGGGUUCCAAGAUUCCAACGUUUUCUCCACGAUCGAAAAUCCGUUGGACGAAGUUUUCUGGAGAAAUUAUCUGGACCAGCUUGACGGAGUUGCACGGAAAGCUCGCAUGGCUUCAACAGCAUCCUCUAGCUCACCAUCGAAUACUGCCGAAUCUGGCUCCUCUCCUGAUUCUAGCAGUACCAAUAGCUCACGAAUUGGCAUCAAAAUUCAUCCGUUCAUUGAAGAACAUGCUUCCAGAAUUAAUACUCCCCACAAAAAGCACCUUUACAUUGACACCCUAAUUCUCGACCUGCUACUCAAAUGUCUUCCGUCAAUUACCAGAGCCAGUCUCAAGCUAACCCUCCAGCAUACAAAUGUGUCUUUCACUGUGGAAGACCAUCUUUCCUUCUAUCUCUCAGUUUACUGGCUGAUAUUUCAUCCUCAGUUCUCCAUUCUUCAUAAGCCAUCGUUUGAUACCAAGAAUUGCGAGCCGCCUCUUCUUUGGGCCAUGAUUAUUGUUGGAUGCAAUUACUGUCACUCCGCGGAAGCGGCGUUGGACAACAAGAAAACUCCCGAACGGCUCUUGAGUGAUCUUGUCAUUCCUCCAAUAAGAUACGUCAUUUUUGAGCACGAAGAUUUCAAAACACCAAUCAGACUUUGGAUCUUACAAAGCUUGAACCUCAUAGAGUGGUGUGAAAAGAACUUUCUACUGCGACGGAUGCACGAACGAGGACAUAUUCAUCACGGCACAAAUGUACAGCUUCUUCGGCGAUCGCCUCUAUUAGGUGGAAAUCCAGCCUCUAAGAAUAAAACGGGCCAAACUCCCGGCAGUACUUCAAGUACUGGAGAAGAUGAAUCGGAUGCAGAUGCCGCUUUGAACAGCUCCAACGAUGAUACAACUGAUAGCGAUCUUUUCAUAAAGUGGUUGGAAUCUGAGUCGUUAAAGCGUAUCACAUUCAUGACGUUCUACCUUGAUAUCAUGGAUUACAUCAAGUUUCGGCACAACCCGCAAAUUGCAUUUUUUCAGGUUCAGCUUUUGAAUCUUCCUUGUGAUGACGAGAACUUGUGGGAGUCGUUUGAGGUGAAUGGAUCGUUUCGCAAGAUUGUGAAGCGUCAAAGAAAAUUACAACAACAGCAACGCAACCAUAUGCCGAAGAAGGACUCGAGUUUAUUCAGAAUCAAGAGCGGUGAUAGUUUCUUGAGUGUGUUGAAGAAAUUGCUUCGUUCUGGUAGCAAUCUGAAGAGCUGGCCGGUGACAAAACUCUCCUUGUUCAACAGAAAAUUGGUGUUUGCUGGGUUGGUAUCAUUGAUGUAUCAAAUGCAGCAGACGGAACUUCAGAAUAGCUGGUCGCUUCUAGCUUCGAAUCAUACCAAAGGAGCUCAAUCGAAUAAUAGUCUACUACAACAAUGGAAAAUCACCUUGACAAAUGCUUUUGAGAAAUGGAAUACAACUGUGAAUGGCCCUUGCUGCCAGCCAUCUUUGAAGCCACCAUCAAAGCUCUUCAUGAACGUGUUGACGACGCAAUGCAAAUAUGCGCUUUUUCACUUGACACAGAUCAUUGGUAUGGGCGAUAUAAACCAUUACGAUAUUGCAAUUUUUGGUGGGUCCCCAGCAAAUAUGAGUGUCGAUGCCUCUUUGAAAGAUCAGUAUAUUGUUCAAGCCAAAUUAAAGAAAAUGUGGCAGAAGAACAAGAAUGGUACUGACUUGAUUAACCUCAAAGGUGUAAUUCAUUGCUACAUCCUACUCUGGGAGUUGAUGUUGGGUCCUUCAGAUUACAGUUUUCUUGACUGGCACGCCAAUCAAGAUUACUUUGAUGGCAUGUAUGCUACUGCAAUUGCUACUCUAGUGUUGUGGAGUUAUGUCUUUUCGAUCUGCGGUAAAGAGUCCCAGGUGUACAAUGAGGAAAUUGGGAAGUUACAAACAUAUGCUGAUCUUUCUAAGAUAAGCACUGAAGGUGGGUAUGAGUACUUGAAAAGAAUACGGAUGGUUUUUGAUUCGAAACUGGAACCCAAGUAUGACUCUACCGGUCAACUAAAAAUACAUCGGUGCUGUGAGAUUCUUCCAUCUAUCCCAAAGAAAAAUAACAUAAGUGGUCUCUGCUUUUUAGUGGGUACUCGGUUACUCGAAAGUCAAUGGGACGUGAUUCGUGAAAAUGCCAAACUUAUCAUACAUUGUGGGUUUAGGUCCAUUGGCAAGACGAAUGCAACAUGCUCCAAUUUGUUUGAAAACGAACUAGAUUGA